GCGAUGUCGAUGCACCGACGUAAUUCGACUCGAGCGAACAUCAUUCGCUCUCUAAUCUCUCGUUCCUCUGAUAUAAACGUGAAAAUAAGAAACAUUCGUUAUUGUUACUCCCGUUAAUCCUUAUUUUCGUGCGCAGCGUUUCGCGCACGAACGUUUCGCAUUCUCGGAAAUCCUGAGAGAUGAUGCUGAUCGAAGACGCGUCACGUUUGCAAUUUCACAUUAUGUACAUAUUAAGCGGCACGUUUCCGAUAUGAAAAAUAUAUAAAUCCGUGCAUCUCUCUUCCUGGCGAGUUCUUUAAAGGUCACUUUUUAAAGUUAUCGUUUCGCGAGAGUCGAAGAGACGCGGUUUAUUAAGCCGGAGUUCUCCGAAAGACACAUCAUUGAGAGAUGAGCCGCAUAAUGAGUACAACUCCGAAGAUUCUGCUUCUUCUUUUACCACUCGGAAUCAUACUAUUAAUUGCGGCGGUACAGCAGUCAUGGAACGAUUCUGGAUAUGCUGAUAAUAUGGAAGAAGAGAACGUUGCACCGCACGAACCGCAGAUAAUCCGUCAUCAACGAGCAAUUUGGCCCGCCAUUAUACAUUAUUGUAAGAUAAAUCAGUAUUACGAUUAUGACGAGGGACGCUGCCUGGGCGUGCCAGGAGGCGGCAAGGUGCUCCACAUUGAGAACAGACGAUCAUGUGGGCUCAACGUACUGAAGCCGCACUGUCGAAGCUCCCUGUACUAUCACAUUUGCAAGCGCGACAAGUCGCUCCUGGCGCAGUGCGCGAGCAGGCAGAUCUUCGACAGUCGUCUACAGCGAUGCGUCUACUACGAGUCGAACAGAUUGGCUCCUAACGUCAUUUUGCCGGACAGCUUCAUGUAUUACGACCACGUUAACGUGCCAAGCUGCACGAGAGCCGGUCGUUUCCCCGUGCCCGGUCACUGCUCCAUGUUCUACACGUGCGACACGAACGGACAUCGGCUCUACCAGAGCGUCUUCAGAUGUCCGCAGAACACGGGCUACGAGAUGGACAGGGGGGUCUGCAACGUUGUGUCGGGCUGCGUGAACGAUAAUUCGGUGGACACCACAGUUUGUGUUCCCAACGCGCCGGGCGAGAAUGUAGCAUUUCCGAGUCUCGUUGAAGCUGCGGAAGGAAACGUGAAAGGAAACUCCGAAAUACUCGAGCAGAGUACAUCCAGCGCGGGUCCUAUUGUAGAAAGAGAGGAAGUUGUAAACUCAAAGACUUACGAUGAUGAUGUUGUCGUCCCUGUAAGUACAAUAGGCACAUCGCCUGAGAUUAAUUAUAACAAUAAUAACGGUGAUACGGAAGUGCCGAGUAGUAGCGUGAGCUCGUCGAAUCCGGUCGAGGAAGAUUUGGUUCCUGAUGGUAUCGACGAAAGGAUAACACACAGCCAAACUCCGAUUCUGCCUGAAAUCGUGCAAAAAGUAUCUGACGAAGGACAAAACGGGGAAGAUAAAUCGUCGUCGUCAUUAGGUUUAAAGAUUACGUCGCCGGCAGAAUUCAAUGACGCGCCGCAUUCCGUCACGACUUCCGUGACCUCAAUCGAACCGGAGUAUCGCAUGUCGAAUACCGACGUCAACAGUGAGAUAACCGACACUGCGUCGUUUCCUUCGGACAGCUACCUGUUAACAAAAUUAGGCAAAGGAAUACAGGGUGUGACCACGGAUAAUGUCGAAGACGGCGCGGCGACGUUAUCGAAUUUCAACACCAAAGCGUCCGAUUCAUAUCCAUCGACAAUAAGUAAUGCACCAGAGAUAGCAGAAAUCCCUCCAAUUAGCGAUGUACCGUCCAAGAUAGAUGACGAAUUGCAAGAUGCAGUUACGCAGCAAUAUGAAAACAACGAAGGCAGCGCGGCGAUGCCAUCGAAUUUCAAUACAGACUCGAGUGAUUUGUAUUCGGCACCAAUAAUGAGUGAUGUACCAGUUUCUUUUCCAACCAGCAAUAUGUCACCGAAUUUAGACGCACAAUUGCAAGAUAUAGGAACGGAAUAUAAAAAUAAUGAAGGCAGCGUAUUAACGCCAUCAAAUUUUGAUACGGAUUCAGUUGAUCUGUAUUCUGCACCAACAGUAAGUAAUAUACCAGAAUCCUUUUCAAUCAGCAACUUAUCGCCGAAGAUAGAUGCAAAAUUACAAGAUGCGGCAACGGAACAGAAUAAAAACGUUGAAGCUAGCAUAUUGAUACCAUCGAAUUUUAAUAGAGAUUUGGUUGAUUUGAAUCCGGCAUCAACAGUGAGUAAUGUACCAGAGUCUUCUUUAAUCAGCGACGUACCAUCGAAAAUAAAUGAAGAUGUGGCUGCAGAGCAAUAUGAAAAUAAUGAAGACAGUGCAGUUAUACCAUCAAAUUUCAAUACGGAUUCGGUUGAGUCGAAUCCGGUACCAGCAAUAAAUAAUUUACCAGAAUCCUCUUUAAUUAGCGAAUUACCAUCGAAAAUAAAUGAAAAAACGCAAAAUGCAGCUACGGAGCAAUAUGAAAAUAAUGAAGAUAGUGCAGUUAUACCAUCAAAUUUCAAUACGGAUUCGGUUGAGUCGAAUCCGAUACCAGCAAUAAAUAAUUUACCAGAAUCCUCUUUAAUUAGCGAAUUACCAUCUACAAUAAAUGAAAAAACGCAAAAUGUAGCUACGGAGCAAUAUGGAAAUAAUGAAGACAGUGCAGUUAUACCAUCAAAUUUCAAUACGGAUUCGGUUGAGUCGAAUCCGAUACCAGCAAUAAAUAAUUUACCAGAAUCCUCUUUAAUUAGCGAAUUACCAUCUACAAUAAAUGAAAAAACGCAAAAUGUAGCUACGGAGCAAUAUGGAAAUAAUGAAGACAGUGCAAUUAUACCAUCAAAUUUCAAUACGGAUUCGAUUGAGUUGAAUCCGAUACCAGCAAUAAAUAAUUUACCAGAAUCCUCUUUAAUUAGCGAAUUACCAUCUACAAUAAAUGAAAAAACGCAAAAUGCAGCUACGGAGCAAUAUGAAAAUAAUGAAGACAGUGCAGUUAUACCAUCAAAUUUCAAUACGGAUUCGAUUGGGUUGAAUCCGAUACCAGCAAUAAAUAAUUUAUCAGAAUCCUCUUUAAUUAGCGAAUUACCAUCUACAAUAAAUGAAAAAACGCAAAAUGCAGCUACGGAGCAAUAUGAAAAUAAUGAAGACAGUGCAGUUAUACCAUCAAAUUUCAAUACGGAUUCGAUUGAGUUGAAUCCGAUACCAGCAAUAAAUAAUUUACCAGAAUCCUCUUUAAUUAGCGAAUUACCAUCGACAAGAAAUGAAAAAACGCAAAAUGCAGCUACGGAGCAAUAUGAAAAUAAUGAAGACAGUGCAGCGAUACCACCGAGUUUCAAUGCAGAUUCGAUUAAUUUGGAUUUAGAACCAACAGUAAGUAGUGUAUCAGAAUCUCCAAUUAGCGAAUUGCCAACGAUAAAUGAAGAAAUGAAAGAUGCAGCUGUGGAACAAUAUAAAAACAAUGAAGACAGCGUAGUAACGCCAUCGAAUUUCAAUACGGAUUCGGUUGAUUUGUAUCCGACAUCGACAUUAAUUAGUGCACCAGAAUCCUCUUUAAUCAGUGAUGUACCAUCAACGAUAAAUAAAGAAAUGCAAAAUGCAGCUAUGGAGCAAUAUGAAAAUAAUGAAGACAGUGCAAUGAUGCCAUCGAGUUACAAUACAGAUUCGAUUAAUUUGGACCCGGCACCAGUAAGUAAUUUACCAGAAUCUUCUCCAAUUAGCGAAUUACCAUCGACGAUAAAUGAAAAAAUGCAAAAUGCACCUACGGAGCAGUAUGAAAAUAAUGAAGACAGUGCAGUGAUGCCAUCGAGUUACAAUACAGAUUCGAUCAAUUUGGACCCGGAACCAACAAUAAGUAGUGUAUCAGAAUCUCCAAUUAGCGAAUUGCCAACGAUAAACCAAGAAAUGCAAGAUACAGCUAUGGAGCAAUAUAAAAAUAAAGAAGACAGCGCAGUGACGUCAUCGAAUUUCAAUACGGAUUCGGUUGAUAUGGAUCCGACAUCGACAUUAAGUAGUGCACCAGAAUCUUCUUUAAUCAGUGAUGUACCAUUGACGAUAAAUAAAGAAAUGCAAAAUGCAGCUACGGAGCAAUAUGAAAAUAAUGAAGACAGUGCAGUGAUGCCAUCGAGUUUCAAUGCAGAUUCGAUUAAUUUGGACCCAGAACCAACAAUAAGUAAUGUACCAGAAUCUCCAAUUAGCGAAUUGCCAACAAUAAAUAAAGAAAUGGAAGAUGCAGUUACGGAACAAUAUAAAAGUAACGAAGACGGUGCAGUGACGUCAUCGAAUUUCAAUGCAGAUUCGAUUAAUUUGAACCUGGCACCAACAGUAAGUAAUUUACAAGAACCCUCUUCAAUUAGCGAAUUACCAUCAACGAUAAAUAAAGAAAUGCAAGAUGCAACUGUGGAACAAUAUAAAAACAACGAAGACAGCGUAGUAACGCCAUCGAAUUUCAAUACGGAUUCGGUUAAUCUGUAUUCGGGUUCAACAGUAACUGAUGCACCAGAGUCUUUUCCGAUCAGUGAGGUGACACCAAAUAUAGAUGAAAAAAUACAAGAUACGGAGCAGUAUAUGAACAACGAAGAUAGCGCAUCGAAUUUCAAUACAGAUUCGGUUAAUCUAUAUCCCACACAGAGUAGUAUAUCAGAAUCCUCUCCGAUUACUGACACGUCAUCGAAAUUCGAUGAAAAAAUCCAGAAUAUAACUCCAGAAAUAAAUAGAAAAGAUGACGAAGCAGUAACGUUAUCAAAUGCCAGCACUGAAAUAGUUGAUCCGAAUCUAACGUCAGUGUUAAAUGAUGCACCAGUGAUUACAGAUAGCUCGAGGAACGAUGAUUCUGAUGUAUUAUCCUCUACAUCGGCACCUGUAAUUUUGCCACAAGCAGCUGAUGAUGAGCCUACCACAGAAGAAUUAUCCGAAGCUAUUCCUUCGGUAGAUAGUAAAUUUGCAGACACUAGCUUUUCUACGUCGGAUGGACUUGAAAGUGUUUCUACGCAGAAUUUACCCGAAAAUACUGACGAUUUAACACCAACGACGAGAUCCACUUUGAUUUCGAGAGAUACACCUAUGGAUAUCGCAGCAAUACCUUCCAUACAAGAUCCACCUAUUUCAGACACAGAUUUGGUAAUGGAAAAUGAUAAGGAUAGCACGGAAGCAUCUCCUGCUUCUUUCACUGAAUGAGAUGCUCUAAUUAUAUAAAUAUAUCCUCUAAAAAUAAAUUCAUAAAUUAGAACUUUCGUUAAAUUAUAUGAUAUAUCAUGAAGAGGUAUAUACAUGUAUAUAAUAUGAAUAUUAUAUAUAUAGAUAAAAUAAUAAUUUAUUGAAUAACGAUUUAUAAUUUGAUUCCUGUUUCUGAGGUAGUUACGAAUAAUUUAUAUAGUAUAUAGUAUAUAAAUCCAUUUUCGUAUACGUACAUCAAAGUAUAGAGAGAAAAAAUUACUUUACAAAACAGGAAAAAUUCAAUAAAAAAUAAUACCCUCUUACCGAUUCACAACCGUUUGUACCAAUAAUUUUCUAAGUCUUAUCACUAUUACAUGUUCUCUUUUUCUUGCUCGUUAAUGAGUGUGUAAUAUACUCCUUUCCGUUUAAUCAAUUCCGAAUGCGUGCCCAACUAAAAAAAAAAA